AUGGAAACAGUUUUACCCGUUAUGUUGUCAUCAAAACUAUUGCCUGAGAUGGAAAUGGAUGACAAUGCCAAGAGAGAGCAGUUGUUACAAGGGAUGCAAAACCUGCCAGUAUCUGCACAAAUUGAGAAGUUAAAGACUAGAAUUGAUAUGAUCGCGGCAGCCUGUGAAAGUGCUGAAAAGGUCAUAGCUGAUACUCGCAAAGCCUAUUUUGGUACUCGACAAGGGCCAACAAUCCUCCCUACUUUGGACAAAGCUCAAGCUGCAAAAAUCCACGAACAAGAGAAUUUACUUCGGAGUGCUGUGAAUCAUGGGUUACGAAUACCUGGAGACCAAAGGCAGAAUGGAUCUGCACUUCCGUUGCAUCUUGUAGAUGUGCUCCCUGUGGGUGACAGUGCCCAGACUUUUGCUGAUACAUCUGGCAUGUACCUGAAAAAUACUCCUCCCCUGUCAUCAAACAACACCAACAGUCAAGGAACUUUGUUACAGGGUUCUGGAGCACAACUAAUCGGAAGAGCGGUGGCUUCUCCUUCUGGUGCUACUGGAACAACCUCCUUUGAUAAUACAACAGCCUCUCCUCUGCCAUAUGCCAACUCGCCUAGGUCUAGUGCCAAUAUGAUGAAUACACCAUCUCCUCAGCAACAACCACCACAGCAACAGCAACAGCAACAGCAACAUCAGCAGCAGCAGCAGCAACAGCAACAGCAACAACAUCAGCAGCAGCAGCAGCAACAGCAACAGCAACAACAUCAGCAACAACAGCACCAACAAAGGCAGAAAAUGAUGCAAUUACCACAGCAUCAACAGCAGCUCCUUGCUCAACAGCAAUUCAGGCAAUCUUCUAUGUCUGGACUGGGACAGCUACACAGUCAGCAUCAAAUGCAGUUCUCGCAACAACUGGGGUCUCAGCAAUUUCAAGGUAGGCAGCUGCCUUCUGGACCUAUUCAGCAUGGCAUUAGUCAAAGCCAACUCAACCAAGGAAAUCAGUUGAAUCGUCAUGCUAACCAGUUUUCUGGUCCUGCCAAUAGUGCAUUGUUUAAUGCUGCCCAGACGACACCAAAUACCCAGAUGGUCAGAUAUAUCCACGUCGCUUUCAAUUUUGCCCUUUACUUUCUUCAUGCCUGUUUUCUCUCCUGUUUCAUAAUAGCUGUAUGAGGAAAUGCCUUGUGAGUUUUGACCUGUACUGCAAGAGUUACCAAUGAUUAGUACUUAUUAGACACACAGGGUAGACUUCUUGUCUUUUGUUUGGUGAUGGUUGUCAUGUGGAGCAAUCUUUACCUAUUUUUCUAGGGUGACAUAUUUUUUUCUGUUGAUGUAGGGAAGGAUAAGAAUGCAAUGGCACCUCAGUCCUAAUUUUGUUCAAUUUUUCAGAUAUCAAACAUGUCAGCUAUGAUGCCAUCACAACCACUUCUGCCACGAAUGCAGGUUAGCUUUCUGAUUGCUUUACCUGCUUUUGUACAGAGCUGCUGUGGUCAUAACACCUUAUGAGGAUAACAAGUUCAACAAAUGAGGUGUCAUCUCAUAUUUACUGUCAUUUUAACUCGACCCCUUUAUAGAGAAAAGAACAAAUCACUUUUGCUUUCAUGUGAAUCCUUAGUAGGAUGACCUUCAUAAGUCAAGAAAUUGGAUAUCAUUCGGGUCCUAUAUAUGAGUAGUAUGACAUCCAUAAGUCAAGAUAGCUGUCACUUCCUAUUGGAUUAUGUUUUAGUGACAAUUACUUAGGACUUCUGAGUGAAUGAUAAUCCCAUUCUUGUGUGCAGCUUACCAUCUGGUAGAAAUGGUCUAACAUCGCUGGUUCUGGUUUCUGUCUUAACCACCCUGAACCUUGCCCAUGUGAUCUACCCGUAAUUAUAGUGAUGACUCUGAACCUUUCCCAUUUCGUGGACUUGCAAGAGGGGUGGUAAGAAUGGGUUAGCUGCAUUGAUGGGGUUUGUUCUUGAACUUCCAUUGGCCUGCUCCCCUGCUUGAUGAAAUGAAAAAUCAG